CGCACUCUCGCCGUCAAACUUCAGAAAAGCGCGUUGUCAAGUGUGGGAGUGAGUCAACUGUUGGGGGAGUCACGCAGUGGACCCGAACCACCACCUCGUCCUCAAAAACCCUCGCGCGCUCCAACGUCUUCAGACUCGAGCGGACCUCAUGGACUCCAGCAUGGUUUCUGCGCUGCUGCUCAUCUGGAUGAGUUUGUUCUGUCUCUCAUCCGGAACUGGGUUCAUAUAUCACGUCCCCAGCAUCACGCUGCAGAGACACCGCAUUAAAUCUGAGCAGAUCGGAACCACUGGACCCCCGGGCUCCGGGAAUCGAACGCAACUCAGCAGGAACUGGUGCCAGUACACGGUCUCUAAGACGGUGAGCUGCCAGGUGCAGAAUGGCACCGAGACCACAGUGCAGAGGGUCUUCCAGGGCUGCAGGUGGCCUGGACCCUGCGCCAAAAUCAUCAGCUACCGGACUGUGAUCCGACCCACUUUCAAGGUGGUGGACAAGCAGGUGACGGCUCUGGAGUGGAGGUGCUGCCCAGGGUUCGUGGGGAACGACUGUCGAGAAGAGGACAACAGGAGAAGUCAAGAUGGCGCCCCAGAUCCCACAUGUCAAGUGGGUCCUCCAGGACCUCCAGGACUCAGAGGACCUGCAGGAAGUCCAGGUCUACCAGGACGGGACGGUAAAGAGGGACCCCAGGGGAAGACGGGGGACGUCGGACCUAAAGGUGACCAGGGUGAGAAGGGAGUCCCAGGUGCCACAGGCGAGACUGGACUGCCUGGGCCUCCAGGUCCAAAGGGAGAGCAAGGUGAAUGUUUGAAGGAGGGUGAAGUGGUGCACCAGCUGAGGGAUGCCCUGAAAAUCCUGGCAGAGAGAGUCCUGAUGCUGGAGCACAUGGUCGGAGUCUAUGAAAACUCUGAGGGGUCAGGCUUCGGCAACAGUCUGGAGUCGCUGCUCCCCGCCAUAAAGAGGAAACGUCUGCUGCCUCUGUAGACACCAAACCUCCCUCUCGACUCGUCUUAUUUUAUGUGUCUGUCAGUGCCAAACAUGUUUUACUUGACUUAUUUUUUAAAUUCUGAAGUUGUCACGUUGCACAUCUGUUUGAGACAUAUGUUACACAAUGUUCGAUUCAGGAGUUCACGUUGCCUGAGCCCUCGCCGUGUCACACGGCGCAGCGUCAGCUUGUAAACUGUAAUGAGGCUUCGGCGCCUCCAAAUAAA